UGAUAAAAUUAGGUUAUAUUCUUCUUUGUUUACACUGCGUUUGCGAGAAUUGCGGCGUUUGUUAUAAAUUGGCUUGUGCAUGUAAUUUUUCAAAGAUUUUUCAGUUUUAGCCACUUCUAGAACAACCAUCGUUAUUUUCCCAAAUCAGCAAAUCAAUUAUUAUAAACAUGGACUCCAAAAGAAUAACUUUAUCAAAGAGUAUAUUGGAGAUGAAGUUUAUGAAACGAACGAAAGACAAAGUGGAGAAACAGCAGUUUCAGGAAGAAGGAGAGCACUACUUUGGUAAUGAGCUUACAUCACGCAUGAAAAAAGCAUCUGGAAAAUUUUUUAUAGAAUCAAGCUAUGUCUUCUGCGAACAACUCACUGAUGGUCGAUUAAGUUUUCGAGGGAUAAACCCAAAGAUAGAGAAGUUAAUGGAAGCAAGAGAAAAUGAAAAGCGAGCGAAAAUGGAAACGAAACAAGAGACUGAGAUAUCAGAUGAGCAAAUGGCUGUUCAAUGGCAAAAAAUAAGAGUAAAGUUUGAUGCUACACAGAGGCAGUACAAAAAGCCACAGCAUAGAAAAAUGAAAAGUGAAGACGACGAACCAAUAGAAAAGAAACCAAAAUUCUUGAAACCAAUAGAUUAAAAAAUCUACUUUGUAAAUAAUUAAAAUAAUUAAAUAUAUUAAUUAAAUAAGUACUUUGUACAGUGACAGGAUGUGUAUUGAACAUCAUGAAUUGACUUUAUACUAUAAUAAUUAUUAAGAAAAGA